AUGGGAUAUGCUGAUUUUGAAAGUUUGGGUUCACAAAGCCAUCCAAACUAUAAAGAAGAAUCACAGCAGUUUCGAAUUCAAUUAAGAAAAGCUGGUUUUCUAGAUCCAAAUAAAAAUUGUGACUUUGGAAGUUUGGAUAAGAAUAAUAAAUUAAAUAAAUUCAGUUUAACUAAGUCAUCUGAACUUACUUGUUCUAUUUCUAUUAUUUUAGACAAAGUACAAUUACAAUUAACAGACAGUUCAUUGAAAAAGAAAGUAAUAGUAUUUAUAAUUAAAAUCUUAGUUGGAUUCUUAAAUAAAGCUAAAUGGUCACAAUUCAAAUGA